AGCAGGGCGCUGACUGCUGCUCAGGUGAGGAAGGUGCAGCUGAUUAAGCCGCACUCUCGACAUCGGCCAUAAACCAAACUGCUGCCCAAACAGAUUCUUGUUGUUUCCAUGGUUCGGGUCCAACGAGCGAAGGGGACAUCUUUACGACCCGGCGGGCAUUUAUAGUCCGCUAUCUCCAACUUCUUCUUGACAACCACCGAUCAGAUACCCGAUGGCCCGAGGACACUCCGGGGACAGGACGGCUGGUUGAGCUUUUCAGUCAGGGGGAUCAUCUGGAUCAUCUGACCAGCUUCAGUCCACCAUGGAGACCCGGUGCCAGGACCUCCGGGAGGCAUGCCGCUCCUGCUGUUCGGCGUGUCUGUCCUACUUUAAGAAGGCUCCUCCGGACAGCCGGCCGCGCCGCAGUAGUGAUCCCAUCGUGAUUGGGCCCCCUCAGCCCAGGGUCCCCGGCCUGGCACCCGAAGCGGUCAAGUACGUCUACGUCGCCCUAUUUGAUUACGCCGCGCGCACGGAGGACGACCUGAGCUUUAACACGGGAGACAAACUGGAAGCUCUGGACAAAAGUGCAGGCGACUGGUGGGUUGCCCGGGCCCUCACCGGGCUGUCGGUCAACCAGCAGGGCUACAUCCCGUCCAACUAUGUGGCCCCCGUGGAGAGCAUCGAGUCCGAGCCGUGGUAUUUCCCGGACACCAAGAGACUGGAUGCGGAGAAGCAGCUCCUGGCUGGAGGCAACAAGCACGGAGCCUUCCUGAUCCGCAACUGUGAGAGUCAGAGAGGAGAGCUGUCCCUCUCCGUGCUGGACAGGGGAAAGGCGAAGCAUUACCGACUGCGUCGGGGAGAGAACGGCCACUACCACGUGUCGAAGAACAGGACGUUUGAAACCCUCAAGGAGUUGGUGCAACAUUACUCUCUACAAGAAGAUGGCCUCUGUGCAAAACUUCUUGAACCAUGUAAAAGGAUGGAAGCGCCCCAGACCCACGGCCUCUCGUACCAGGACCAGUGGGAGAUCCCCCGCAGCUCUCUGAGGCUGCUGAAGAGGCUGGGAGCCGGGCAGUUCGGGGAGGUCUACGAGGGCCUCUGGAACAACACCACGCCAGUAGCUGUGAAGACACUGAAACCGGGAACCAUGGACUCUGAGGACUUCCUCCGGGAGGCCCAGAUCAUGAAGAAGCUGCGCCACCCGAAGCUCAUCCAGCUGUACGCCGUGUGCACCCUCGAGGCACCCAUCUACAUCAUCACCGAGCUCAUGAGCAACGGCAGCCUCCUCGAGUUCCUCCAAAAGGACAACGGGAGCAAGCUGGGCAUCAGAGACCAGAUCGAAGUGGCGGCCCAGGUGGCGUCGGGGAUGGCGUUCCUGGAGCUGCAGAACUACAUCCACCGAGACCUGGCGGCACGCAACGUCCUGGUCGGGGAGAACAACGUCUGCAAGGUGGCCGACUUCGGACUGGCCCGCGUGUUCAUCGUGGAGAACGAGGACUACUACGUAGCCAGAGAAGGCACCAAGUUCCCGGUCAAGUGGACGGCCCCGGAGGCCAUCCACAACGGCAAGUUCACCAUCAAGUCCGACGUGUGGUCCUUUGGGAUCCUGCUGCACGAGAUCAUCACCUUCGGCCAGAUGCCCUACCCGAACAUGUCCAACUUGCAGGUGGUCUCCAAGGUGCCCACGGGGUACAGGAUGCCCGCGCCCCCCCACUGCCCUAAGAUGAUGUACGAGAUCAUGCAGGACUGCUGGAAGGCAGAGGAGCAGGACCGGCCCACCUUCGAGACGCUGCAGUGGAAACUGGAGGGCUACUUUGACCCCGACGUGACGUCCUACGACGACGCUAACCGCUACUAGGGGCACGGACCGCCCAACGGGAACGCUAGCUGACGUUUGGUUGGGCGGCAAAGGGGGAAUCGAGUCACUCGAUUGUCGAGGAAAAAGUGGAAUUGUUUUUAAUAAGGCUGUACGACUUAAUUUGAAGCACGUUGCCAACCGAACAAUUGCUAUUUGAAUGAAGGAUCAUGUCCCGGGCUACUGCGUUGUGUUAUCGCUCGGUGUAACCGACCCCAGGAGGAGUGACGGGGCGCGUGUACGGACGUUUGAGUGGUUCACUCGUUGGUGUUCAUUUUGUGACGACUCGAUGCACUUUAGAUGGUGAGCGAGGGACGGCGUUCCUGUCCGGUGGGUCGGGUGUACGUUCCCCUCGGCUCGUGGGGAACAACGAUGAGGUCUAGAACCCGUGGGUCGAAGUGGAGCAGCUCGCUACGCUGUGGCUACGACGACAUGGGGAACCAGUUCGGCAUAGCGCACAUUCUCUGCAUUGUUUGUGUGUCAGAGCGAUGCGUAAACAAAGAACUGAGGUGUGUGUAAGGGUUGAUUUGAACACUGCCUCCUCCUCUAUUAUUAUGAUGACGAUGACGAGAACCUGCGCAACAAUUAUUCCCCGCUCUAGAAGCACAGUAUUCUCGAAAGCCUUUUUUAGGUGAUCAGAAAUGUUAGUGUUUAAGUUAAUAUGUUGGUGUCAUGAAGGUGAAAAUGGGUUUAAAAACGUAUUGAUGGCUUCAUUUAUUUAUGCCAGUUCACUAUCCACAUCCUGUGAAAUGGAUUUGAUGUAUACUAAUUAUACAAACCUAUAUAUUUGACCUUGAUAUGUAAUGGUUCCUUGACGAUAAGAUCGCUUUGAGGUUAGGUUGAUAACCCGUCAGUGUAAUCAAGUUAUCUGGGAAACACGUUGACUGGCUUGUAUUGUCUAAUCAGAUGGUGUUGAUAAACGCAGUGCCGGAGAUUAUACCGUAUCACAUUUGAAUUCACUGUUGUAAAUGUUUUACCUUGAAGUAGGUUGAACAAAUCUUAUUAACACUGGCCAAUGUUUCAAGGUCUUUAAAUGUAUCAUUGGUUUUAGCACUGAUAUUUCUUAUGCAAAAUGAUUAUUAAAAUAAUUUUAUUUAGUAGGA